CAUUUAUAAGGGACGGUUGCCUCUCAUUUUCUCUCACUUUCCCUCCCAAAUGGAAGACAACAAGGUUCCUCCUCCUCAGGAAGUUUUCUAGUUCGUGAAAAAAAAUCCACGCAAGGCACCGUCGAAGAUCAUGGAUUGGGAGAUAUUUAUCGCGAGAACAUUAUUGAUGAUAGAAACGUAUGCUCUUCAGAAUGGUGAUGGUAGUUCUUCCUCCAAACGGAGUCGCACAGAAAUCAACCUGGCAGAACUUCCAGAGGAUCCAGGGCUACGACCUCGGAUUGUGGAUUAUAAUCCCAAUGACCGAGACCGAAUCCGACUGGCAUAUCUUGAAAGGGGCCUUGUCAGCCACGUGACCACAAUUUCGCGCAAGGGCAGUUUGGGCAAUCAGUACAUCGGUUUGAUCAGGCAUGGUUUAGUGAAUUUCCUAAUUGGUUAGAGUACAGUGUAGCAAAAGAUGCUGCAUCUUGUCUAUGUUGUUAUCUUUUCAGACCGGAUGAUGGAGAUCAAGCGGGUGCUGAAUCUUUUGUUAGCGCCGGCUUUUCAAAUUGGAUGAAGAAAGAAGAUCUUCAAAUUCACGUGGGAAACCCUAAUAGUGCUCAUAACCAAGCCUGGUCUAAAUGUCAAGACUUGUUGGGCCAAAAGCAGUGUAUUCACAAUAUUUCUCCCAGAGAUUCAGACCAUGCUCAAAAUGAACUCCGAACCUUCUUGAAAGCAUCAGUUUCUGUUGCUGGGUUCCAUCUAACUCGAAGGCAAGGAUUACUAUUCCAUGAUCGCAACCAAUUUUUACCCAAUUGGGAUGAUCCCGACGAGGAGUUAUUCGAUACACGUAACGAACGACUAUUUCUUGAGCUGUUGAAAUUUCUUGGUGACUUCAAUGAAGAUAUCACAGCGGUACUUGCAUUGUACGCCGAUCCCCACAAUCUUGAGUUGGCAGUUGCUGAUCUUCGGAAGGAUGUUAUAAGUGCUGCUGCAUUGGAAACCACCAAUGAGAUUAUUCGAGGUCUUGGUGAUGCGCCAUUUUCUCUUUUGAUUGAUGAAACCUAUGACAGGGAAGAAGAGGCUCAAAUGGCAGUUGCUGUACGUUAUGUGGACAAAAGGGGGCAGGUGAUUGAACGGUUUUUGGGUAUUGAACAAGUUACAAGUGCUGGUGCUCUCUCGCGCAAGGCGACGGUGGAAGGUUUAUGCUGUAGGCUUGGGCUGCGUACAGAUAAAUUGCGGGGACAAGGUUAUGGUUUCGCUGAUAAUGUGACGUCCAAAUUGAAUGGUCUAAAAACGCUUAUGCUGAACGAAAAUCCGUGUGCACAUUAUGUUCCCUCUUUUGCUUAUAAGCAGCAAUCAACGCUUGUUGAGUUGGCAUGGAAUCAUUCUGAGAUAGGUAUGUUCUUCCUGUCUUUCAAUAAAUUUGGGAAGGUCGUCGGAGCAACAUGCAAACGUCAAGAUUUUCUUAGGGAGAAACAAGCUGCAAAACUUGUUGAGGCCCUUAAUAUUGGAGAGCUUGCAAGUGGGCAAGGCUCAAAUCCAGAAUCUGCUGAUACAGGUUGUGGCUCACAUUAUAGAGCUUUGGUUAACUUGAUUGAUAUGUUUGCGGAGGUGAUUGAUGACCUUGAACUGAUUUUUGAAGAGGGUUCACGAGUAGAAGACCAAGCAGGAGCAGAUAACUUGUUGGACAGAAUGCUAACAUUUGACUUCGUAUUCUGUCUCCAUCUAAUGAAAACAGUAUUGGGAGCUACAAAAGAGCUGUCACUGGCCUUGGAAAUGAAGGAUGAAGGCAUUGUGAAUGCGAUGGAAUUAGUUCAAGUGUCCAAAGGACGACUGCAUAUGAUCAGGGAGACUGGGUGGGCCUCUUUACUAGAGGAUGUUACCUCACUUUGCAUAAAGCAUGAAAUUAAAGUCCCCGAUAUGGAUGAUAUGUUUAUUGCCAGAGGGUGGAGAAAACGUGAAUUUCAGGACAUGAAGUACUUGCUGUACUACCAGGAGAUAUUCUAUGCCGUCAUAGAAUUGCAAAUUCAAGAACUAAUUGUUCGUUUCACUGACUCGAGCAUCGAGAUGCUCCUUUGUGUGGCGUGUUUGAACCCAUCCAACUCGUUUUCUAUGUUUGACAAGGAAAAAUUGAUUCGCCUUGCUGAAUUUUAUCCGAAGGAAUUUUCUCCAAAAGAACUUAUGGUACUUCGUGAUCAGCUUGAUACUUACAUUCUGGAUGUGCGUUCUAGCUAUGGAUUUUUGAGGCUGAAUACAAUAAGUGAUCUGGGAAAAGAAAUGGUGGAGACGGGACGAGAUAGAGUAUAUCCAUUGGUUUACCUCCUUUUGACCUUAGCACUACUCUUGCCAGUUGCCACUGCUACGAAGGCGUUUUCAGGUAUGAAGUUUGUGAAGGAACGGUUGUCAAUCGAAAUAGGCGACAAAUGGAUGUGCGAUAGGUUGAUUUUAUGCGUAGAGGAAGAUAUCUUUGAGGGCAUUACUGCUGAUACUAUCGUACAAAGCCUCCAAAAGAUGAAACCUCGUUGGGCCGAUUGUAAAACCUUACAUUAGAAGCUUAGUCAGUGCUAAGUUUCUGAUGUUGGUUAGUCCAAAAAGUUUUUCUCAAUCUCUCAAGGUUGCGAAGAGUUUUUUUGGAGGUUGUACUUGUGGUUGCACUCUGAGGAUUCAAUGUCCUAGCUCUACUCUGUUUGGCUUUUGAGUUUAUCUAUAAAUUCGAGUAAAUUCUGUGUGUUUCU